AGACCGACCAUUGUCGAACCGUAUCGAAGUCGGACUGCCGUUCAAAGUAAAAUUCACGAAAUCGAGUCUUGAGAUCUUGAAGAAAAAUUUUUAUUUUCCAAGAAUCCAUUGCGAUUUUACCCGAUCCUAUUCAAAUUUUUCUUACUCUAAAUUCAGACUUUCGAUACGGAGUAAUAUGGAGAACGAAAACGUUACGUCCGAUUCUAUUUAAAGAAUUGCUUUUCCUUUUUUUUCUUCUCUCUCUCCCUCUUUUGUCUCUCUCUUCGUUGGACGAUCACGUCGAACGAUUAAAAAGAAAAAGAAAAAAACAAAAAAAACAAAAAAAAACAAAAAAAAAUAAAAAAAAAAAAACGUCAAAAAUAGUAGUUUAAGUUGUACGAAACGGAAAGUUUCUCGUAAUAUCGUUAAUCAUAUAUCUUACCAAGAUUUGAACCGUCUUUCUGUACAUUGCUAGUCCAAAACGCAAGCAUAAUUUUUCGUCGUAGUCCAUUGCUUCGUUAUAUACGUAUAUACGUACGUACGCUCGACUCGUACAUCAUUUCAGGUCUCGUAUAUUCUCUCUUUCUCUCUCUCUCUCGAAGAAAAAAAAGUGGCAGGAAUCUUAACUAUUAAGGACAAUUUUCCUCCCUCCCUCCCGUGAUUUUUAACUUUUUAAACCAAACCAGUUCGCCAGUUGUUCGUUAUGUAAACGCGUGACUGAUUUUACACCGCUCUUAGAUUUAAGGAAAAACUAAAAAUUAAUAUAUAUAUAUAUAUAUAUAUAAAAGGAUAAAAAAGCGUCGACUCGAAUUGCGUUGUUCCUCACAUAGCGAGCGUGAUCCGUGACGAAUUGAUGCUCGUUAAAACACGGCCAUCGCGAAUUUAACACUCCUAACUCUCCCUCCCCCCCCCCUCUCUCCCUGCUCUACUCGUAAAUGCAUGUAUUUUCGUAAUACCAAAAAAUAAAGAAAACAGAAGAGUAUCGUAAACUGAUGGUUAGAAAACUGUCUUUUUUAGGCGAUCGAUGACAAAGAGAGUAUUAUUUACUUUUAUUUCUAUUCACUUUAUUCUCUCUCUCUCUCUCUCUCUCUCUUUCUCUCUAUCUUUCUGUCUUUUUCUUUCUCCUAUUUUUCUUCACAUUGUUCCUUUUUAUUCAUACAGAGAAGAAUAGCAGAGAAACAGGAACAACGAACGAAUGGAAGAAGAAUGGAAACGUUAGUUCGACGACGAAGGCAGAAGAGUAAACGAGAUUUUUAUCAGAUCUUUCUUAAUAACGAGUAAUUUGUUUUACGUGUUUCAGUUACUUAUACGUGCGGUUCUUGCGGCAACACACGUUCGAAUGGAAGAGAAAUUUGGAUCGAGAGAAGUACGGCAAGAUAUCUUAUCCUUCACUGUCCUAGCGCAAGCAUCGAAAGAAAGCCUUAUAAACGUCAUUCGCGCAUGGGUAAAAGGCUCGAGCCGAAGGAGCUCGAGGUAAAAAAUUAUCGAAGUCACGCUAGAUGGCGGGGUUGUUCCAGAUCGUCCAGAAAACUCGUUGUUCGUGAAACUCGUCUCUACUCAUGAUCGAAUUUUUUUCUGUUGGAAAUUCGUCCGUCAAUUCGUAAUAUUAACACGAUCUCCAAUCUAUUCUUUAUGGCACAAGUUUAUGACGCGGAGAGAGGAGGCAUGGCCGAGGAAAGGAAGAAAUCUGUGUUAAAAGGUUUCCACGCGUGCUGCGAGUGCAAGAAAACGUACAGAUCGAGAAUGGCCCUAAAUCGGCACGUACGGGAGGAAUGCGGUAGGGUUUUGUACACGUGUCCCUUUUGCCACAGCAUCAUGCCAAUGAAGUUCAACCUGCUCAAUCAUCUGAAGAAGGAACACGGUUGCGUGGCCAAGAUUUGAAGGGAGGCCCCCGAAUAA